CUAACUUCAGUCUGGUUGAGACAAGAUGGCGAUUGGUGUCAAAUUCUGACAUUUGUUAUUAUUAUGUUGAGUUGUGUGUCAAGUGUUGAGCGUUUGAAGCAAUAAAACCGAUAAAAAGUGUUAAAUUGAGGUUUGGUGGUGUGUUUGGGGUACGGGUGGUGAAGAACUCGAAUAUGUUUCGAAGUUUGCUCCAAAUGGCAGGUUUGGGGUCAUCCUGUAGCAGGGACUGUUCCGGUCGCGGGGAGUGCAAUAACGGUACUUGCAUGUGCGACAUCCGGUACACGGGGGAGGUGUGCGACGGCCCCAAUUUGCCCUACCAUGCUGGGAUCGGGGGUGUCUUCUUCCUGGUGGGGCUCGUGUGCGCCAUCCAGCUGAUAAUGUGCGUCAUGUCGGAGUACCAGCGCUUGAAAGCCCCCUCGUUUUUGAAAGCGUGUCGGAUCACCACUCAAAAGGCCAUUUAUUUCGUCAUGUGCAUUGCGAGCUUGAUUCGAGGGGCUUAUUUCAUAUCUCCGGAUGCGUUCGAGGAGGGCUGGUCGUCGAGUUUGAUGUCCUCUUAUUACCCCCUUCUCAUGUCCAGCUCAUCUCUAAUUGUGUGCUUCUGGGCUGAGGUUUUUCAUUUGCAAGGGAUUCGAUGGGACAAGUCACAGUUUCUCUCAAAGUCGCUUCUUGGUUUCGUCACAUUUAACAUCAUCAGUUAUAGUUUGUUAUUGGCUGAAGUGAUUACAACCACAUUGGCUGAACCACCACCCAAUGAUCCCAGUUUCUACAGACAUCUAUUCAACGGCUGUUACGCAUUUUUGCUCUUCAUUGUUGUCGUUUUUUUCCUUAUUUACGGUGUCGAAGUCUUCUUUAAGGUCCGUGGCGGUUUCGUGGGCAAACCCCUCCAUCUCGCCGGCGGUGAAUCGGAGCCCCUUCGUCCGGAAGAACUCCGCCCCCAAAUCAACCUCUCUCAACUCCACCAAUCCCGUAUCGGCCUUCUGAGCCAAGCAUUGAUGCUCAUCACCAUCGUCGGUUUCCUCUUCUCGGAAACCCUCUCCGAAUUCUGGAAAACCAAAGUCCCGAUUGUCUCCCGCAAUUGGCACGACGUCGUCUUCAGAGUGGUCGAAAUCGGCGUGGCGGUUUGGUUCCCGGCCGUCCUCUGGAACUGCAUGCAGCCCUCAGAACUAUGGAUUCUCAAUCCGCAAAAACUCUUGGCGAAAUUGGACCAAAAGCCCCCCCAGGAGGUGGUGAACGCCUCGACGAUGAGUUCCGACGAUGAAGCUUUCUUAGAUAAGCGCGAAUGUUGGAUUUGCUAUGAUGUUGAUAAGCCUGAGCCGUUGAUACAGCCGUGUGCGUGCACGGGGGAUGUCUCCAGUGUCCAUCAUGAUUGUCUCAGGAGGUGGCUGAUGGAGAGCUCAGCAGGGAGCACUGAGACACUCAAAUGUAAAGUCUGCAAUUAUGAGUAUGAAGUUUGUAGUACGACGAAACUCGAUUGGGAAAGGGGGUUCACCUCCAAGCAUUGGGGCUGUAAUGCGGUGGUUGUUACUUGUCUUUGUGUUGUCGUCGCAGUGGCUUGGAUUAUCAUACAAUUGUAUGAUAAUAGUUACAUUAGGAUGCUGAGUGCGAGUGUGGCACUACUGGUCAUCUAUAUCUGUAUCAAGUUUUUGGGGCAGACGACGUUGAGCGCCUACCAAAGGGCCAAAGUGGCCGCUUUGAACAUCGGUGGUCACGUGACGACGAUCAGUGGAGCCGUCAAUAUCGAAACAAACGAUUCUCAGCCGCAAGCAGCAUUGUAAUUGUUUUAAAAAUGUGAUAUUUAUCGAUGUAUUAUUAGCCGAUUCAAUAUUGUGAACUGUUUAAUUUUUUUUUUUCGUACUAAUUGAUUAGAGUGUAGGAAGCAUGUUAUUGUCGUUUUUAAGUAUAUUUACUUAGUUGUUGGAGUUUUUAUCUACUGAAGUGAGAUGCCAAGUGUAUAUAUUUCGUUCUCACUAUAUAGGUUAGGAUUUAAGUUUGGGUCCUGUCACUUUUUGUAUAUAUAGGUUAUGCGAUUAGAAUUUUAAUUUUUGUUUAACCCGAUCUAAAUCUGUGUUAAUGUGGUAGAAAUAAAAAAAUCUCAGCGAUA